UGCAGCCUGCUUGAAAGCCACCUACUUGUCAAUCAUGUUCCGGAACCAGUACGACAACGACGUGACUGUGUGGAGCCCGCAAGGCCGGCUCCACCAGGUGGAGUACGCCAUGGAGGCGGUCAAGCAGGGCGCCGCCACGGUCGGCCUCAAGUGCCGCACGCAUGCCGUGCUGGUGGCGCUGAAGCGCGCCUCCUCCGAGCUGUCCGCUCACCAGAAGAAGAUCAUGCCAAUCGACGCGCACGUGGGCGUGUCGAUCGCCGGCCUGACAGCCGACGCUCGCAUCCUCAGCCGCUGGAUGCGCUCCGAGUGUCUGAACUCGCGCUACGCGCACGACCGUCCGCUGCCGGUCAGCCGCCUCAUCAGCGAGCUCGGCAACAAGAUGCAGGUGUGCACGCAGCGCGACGGCAGCCGGCCCUACGGCGUCGGCUUCCUGGUGGCCGGAUUCGACGAGUCCGGGCCUCACAUCUACCAGACGUGCCCGUCGGCCAAUUACUUUGACUGCAAGGCGAUGGCGAUCGGCGCGCGCUCGCAGUCCGCGCGCACCUACCUGGAGAAGCACCUGGCCGAGUUCGUCGAGUGCUCUUGGGAGCAGAUCGUGACGCACGCGCUGCUGGCGCUGCGCGACACCCUGCCCAACGACAUGGACCUCACCGCCAAGAACUGCACGGUGGCCAUCGUGGGCAAGGACCACGAGUUCACCAUCUUCGAGGACGACGCCGUGACGCCGUUCCUGACCAAGCUGGAGGGGAUUCAGCGUCGGGGCGGCCACGGCGCGGCUCCGGCCGCCGAGCCGGCGCCGCUGCGGGACGAGCCGGCCGCCGACGAGGCGCAGCCGCGCCCCGACUCGCCCCAGACUAUGGAGCACUGAGACUGGCCGGGUGCCGCUGGCGCGGCGCGGCGCCUGCCUCCUCCCGCGGCGUCCGGCCGCGACGCCCGCCGCACCCCUCC